AUGGACGCACAGGUGACCGCCUCAGCCUCUUCGCCCGGUGGCUUAGACCGCAGUGACGGUCCCUUGCGCAUCAGCCAGCGCGCUUCCAACUCGUGCUCCUUUUGCACAAAGCGCAAAAUCAAAUGCAACAAGAAGACCCCUUGUGACAACUGCAUCAGGCGUGGCCACCCCGAGGCGUGCACACGCGUGCCGGCCAUUGUGCGCGGACGCCUUGUCAAUGCUCCGAACGCGACUCAGCGCGCCCCGCUUACGCCGGAUGAGAUCAGGCUUCUCCGCGAGGGCCAGCUGCAGCGUGAGAACCUGAGCCUGCGCCGGCGCCUCAACGAGCUCGAGAACCGCCUCCGCGAGCUGGAGGGGCGUGACACACCAACCAACCCGGUGGAUCCAGCCAGCAUCGGGACCAUCAGCUCGCCUGGGGAGUCACCCACUACCGCGAAUGCGUUCGCACACCUGCUCAAUGCUGUGACGACGGUGCGGUCCGGCGCAGAGACGGAGCGUAGUCGACAGGACGAACCUGAUGUCCUCGAGCCAUUCGUUCACGUCAUGGCCAUGCCUCUCAAUAAGCAAGACCGCCCCAGCUCUCCACACCCUCGCGUCCGCCAGGUCAUUGCCGAUGCGCCCGGCUCCAUCAGCUCCUUACCCGACCUCCCUAGUCGUAAAACGAUGGACAUGGCCCAGGCCGAUCUGUUAACCUUGAUUCCCACCCCGGAACAAAGCAUGACAAUCAUCCGGGCGAGCCUAAAGUACAUGAGCUUCUUACACUACUCGUGCCACAUACCCUCGUUCAUUGUGGAACAUGACGAGUGGAUCCAGGCAGUCAGCGAGGGCCGAGAGGGCGGCAAGGGCGAUGCCUGGCUGUCGUACUACUUCUCCCUCCUCUCUGUCGGCAUGUACUUCUGUGGGGAUCUCAUGGCGCCCGAGCUCAACCUGUCGGUGGACGAGACGUCGUCCCUCUCGUCGUUCUGGUUUGACGUCUGCCUCGAGGCACUCAACCGGUCUAAAUUCAUGUCGACCAACCCGACGCUCGAGGCACUGCAGACCAUCGUAGUCCUCCCAAUGGUCUCGUACAACUUUGGCGCAUCGGCCUACACCGAGUCGCUGCUGCACGUCGGCCUUCGCCUCGCUCAGCUGCUCAAGCUGCACCUAUUGACGGCGGAGCCGGCGGAUCACGACCAUCUUCCACGCGGCCUCAUCCAGCGCGAAGUGGGCCGCCGCGUGUGGCUCCUCCUGCGCUUGGGCGAGGGCCGCCCAGACUUUGUCAACACUGGUGGUCUGCGCCUCCCGCAAGGCCAGACUGUCGAACCAUUCAACGCCAACCCCGAGGACUACACCGACACGAGCGUUAACCCACGUCCGUUCUCCCAGUUCGCCGUUGUCACGCACCUCCUCUGUGCCGGGCGUCGAUACCGCAUCUUCCGCCAGUUCUCUGAGGCCUUUGGCGAGGCCGCAAGCCUUCGUGACCAGUACGCUAUAGCUCGCGCGGCCGACAACGAGCUUCAGAACAACUUUGCCGACUUUGCCUGCCUACAGAACAGCGACAACGAUACGUUUGACGAACGCUUCGACCUCAACAGUCCACACGACCACAGCCCGCACUCGCGCUACAUCUGGUCUCUCCUCAUGCCGGCGGGUACGAUCCUUGUGUACCGCAGCUUCCUGGGCCGCGCGUACUCGGACGACCGCUUCACCGAGGUCCGAGAGACUUGUCUCGCUGCUGCGCGGGAGAUUUUGCGCCAGCGCCGCCGUCGCGUACCGCCCAUGUUCCAGCGCACAUGGCCCAUUGCAUCGUAUACAGUCCUCGCGGGCGUUGUGCUUGCCACGGAGCUGGUGCACGGCUCCCCCAACCCCGCGAUGCACGCCAAGCUCGUCUCUGAAAUCCAGGCGAUUAUCGACAGCUUAUGGUUGUGCGGUACGUCGUCGCUCGUCGUGCAGCGUGGUGUACCGCUUCUGCGACGAUUCAUCGACUCAAGCGAGGCACAACCGCCAGCCGCAGAGCCGUCGGGGUCCGAAGACAACAAGGCCGGCACGUCAAACGUCAGCGAUGCGCCGAUGGUGCCCGCCGCACAGGAGCUGUGGCCAGGCUUGCCGCCGACUGGGACACAGGACGCGACAGCCGACACUUGGAUGAACGCGAGUGAGGAUGUGUGGUCGAAUGCGCUUGUGGCGCUCGAGAACGACGAGGCGAGUGGGUGGUGGACGACGCUUCUAUAG